AUGGAACCUGUGGACGGCAUAAAGUAUUUUGCUAGUACGCGCUUAGAUAAGAGCUAUUGUGGGGGUUAUCACGGGAAAGCUAUAGAGGACACUGUGCCACCUGUCGUGGCCCCUCAAUUCCCAAAGUCCCGCUCCACUAAGUCGAAGGAGUUCCGAGCGACCUGGCUAGGCCAUGCUUGCUUUUAUGUCGAGUUCCCUGGAGGUUUACGGGCACUGUUUGAUCCUGUGUUCUCCCAGAGAUGCAGUCCGGUACAAUUCAUGGGUCCGAAGAGAGUUACCAAAAUGCCCUGUGAGAUAAAGGAUAUCCCCGCUAUAGAUAUCGUUGUUAUAAGUCAUAACCAUUACGACCAUAUGGAUUACAACACAAUAAUGGAAUUGAAGAGAUGCCACCCGAACGUAUGGUUCUUUGUACCACUGGGCAAUAAAGCAUGGUUCACAUCUUCAAGGAUCCCCAACUGCACAGAAAUGGAUUGGUGGGAAGAGCGGGAUCUGGUCCUCUCUCCAGCAGAUUCAGAAUCUGCCGCAAAGCUUUCGGAAUCUCCUAGUCCAGAAGGGACUGACUCGCCGUUGAAGGUGACGACCUCAGGGCCUGCAGAAGAAGGAAAGAAAGCUGGUGCGAUCACCGCAAGGAUUGGAUGUUUACCCUGUCAGCACACCAGCAACCGUGGUCUGCAUGAUCGAAGCUCCACGUUGUGGUCAAGUUGGAGCGUUGAAAGUGGUGGUAAAAAAUUAUAUUUUGCAGGAGAUACUGGGUACCGUGCCGUUCCAAAGGUUCCUGACGGUGUAGACGAUUACGGCGAAGAGUUCAAGGACCUUCCUGUUUGCCCGGCCUUCAAACAGGUCGGAGAACUGAGGGGUGGGUUUGACCUCGGGUUGAUCCCAAUAGGUGCCUACUGGCCAAGAUGGUUUAUGAGUCCGAUGCACGCAAGUCCGUAUGAUUCGGUUCGUAUUUUCGUUGAGACAAAGUGCAAAAAAGCCAUUGGCAUGCACUGGGGAACUUGGGUUUUGACUGAUGAGCCAGUAAUGGAGCCACCGGUUGUAUUGAAGGAGGCGUUGAAGAAGGAUGGAAUCGCGGAAGAAGGCGUUUUCGAUGUGCUUGAUAUCGGAGAGAGCAGGGAAUACUGA